AUGGGGCUCAAGGCGCGCAGGGCGGCGGGGGCGGCGGGCGGCGGCGGCGGCGGGGGCGGCGGAGGCGGCGGGGCCGCUAGCCCGGCGGCCGGGGGGGACCCCCCGGCGGGAGGGGACCCCGCGGCCGGCGAGGAGGAGCGGCGAGCGGGGCCGGCGCCGGGCGAGGCGGAGCACGUCGCCGUGGCGCUGGGGGCCGGCGCGGACCGAGACGGGACGCGGCUGCUGGAGGGCGGCGGCCGCGGCGAGGGGCCCCGGAGGACCCCGCAGGGCCUCGGGCUCCUGGCCAGGACCCCCCUGAGCCGCCCGGCGAAGAGGAACCACGCCAAGUGCCGGCGCCUCCAAACUUUGAUCUACGACGCCCUGGAGAGGCCGCGGGGCUGGGCGCUGCUCUACCACGCGCUCGUGUUCCUGAUCGUCCUGGGGUGCUUGAUCCUGGCCGUGCUGACCACGUUCAAGGAGUACGAGACUGUCUCCGGGGACUGGCUUCUGCUGCUGGAAACCUUCGCGAUUUUCGUCUUUGGAGCCGAGUUUGCUCUGAGGAUCUGGGCCGCUGGCUGUUGCUGCCGCUACAAAGGCUGGCGGGGGCGGCUGAAGUUUGCCAGGAAGCCCCUGUGCAUGUUGGACAUCUUCGUGCUGAUCGCCUCUGUGCCGGUGGUCGCCGUGGGCAACCAGGGCAAUGUGCUGGCCACGUCGCUGCGGAGCCUGCGCUUCCUGCAGAUCCUGCGCAUGCUGCGGAUGGACCGCAGGGGCGGCACCUGGAAGCUCCUGGGCUCCGCCAUCUGCGCCCACAGCAAGGAGCUCAUCACCGCCUGGUACAUCGGCUUCCUGACCCUCAUCCUGUCUUCGUUUCUGGUCUACCUGGUGGAGAAAGACGUGCCGGAGGUGGACGCGCAGGGGGAGGAGAUGAAAGAGGAGUUUGAGACCUAUGCAGACGCCCUGUGGUGGGGCCUGAUCACACUGGCCACCAUUGGCUACGGAGACAAGACCCCCAAGACGUGGGAGGGCCGUCUGAUCGCAGCCACUUUCUCCCUCAUCGGCGUCUCCUUCUUCGCCCUGCCGGCCGGCAUCCUGGGCUCCGGGCUGGCACUCAAGGUGCAGGAGCAGCACCGGCAGAAGCACUUUGAAAAGAGGAGGAAGCCGGCCGCCGAGCUCAUCCAGGCUGCCUGGCGGUACUACGCUACCAACCCCAACAGGAUCGACCUGGUGGCCACAUGGAGGUUCUAUGAGUCAGUCGUCUCUUUCCCGUUCUUCAGGAAAGAACAGCUGGAGGCAGCAGCCAGCCAAAAGCUGGGUCUCUUGGAUCGGGUUCGGCUUUCUAAUCCUCGCGGUAGCAAUACUAAAGGAAAGCUAUUUGCCCCUCUGAAUGUAGAUGCCAUAGAAGAAAGCCCUUCUAAAGAGCCAAAGCCUGUUGGCUUAAACCAUAAAGAGCGUUUCCGCACCGCCUUCCGCAUGAAAGCCUACGCUUUCUGGCAGAGCUCCGAAGAUGCCGGCACCGGCGACCCCAUGGCCGAGGACAGGGACGACGGGAACGACUUCCUCAUCGAAGACAUGAUCCCCACCCUGAAGGCCGUCAUCCGAGCUGUCAGAAUUUUACAAUUCCGUCUCUAUAAGAAGAAAUUCAAGGAGACGCUGAGGCCUUAUGACGUGAAGGAUGUGAUUGAGCAGUAUUCCGCAGGCCACCUCGACAUGCUGUCCAGGAUCAAGUACCUUCAGACCAGAAUAGAUACGAUCUUCACCCCCGGGCCGCCCUCCACUCCCAAGCUUAGGAAGCCUCAGAAAGGGGCCGCGUUCACCUACCCGUCCCAGCAGUCUCCCAGGAACGAACCCUACGUGGCCAGAGCACCCACAUCAGAGAUGGAAGACCAAAGCAUGAUGGGGAAGUUUGUGAAAGUGGAAAGACAGGUGCAGGACAUGGGGCGGAAACUGGACUUCCUGGUGGACAUGCACAUGCAGCACAUGGAGCGGCUGCAGGCGUACGUCCCCGCCUACGAACCGGCCCCGGCGGAGGAGAGAGGGGACCCCCGGGACUCGGAGAUGAAAACCAUCCUUUGCAACUACUCCGAGAUGGGGCCCCCGGACCCCUCCUUCAGCUCCCACCAGGUGCCCAUCAGCAAAGUCGGCCCCUACUGGUUCUUCGCCCACGACCCAGUGAGCCUGCCCCGCGGGGGACCCGGGCCCCUCUCCUCCUCUGCCGCGGAGUACAUGGAGAGGCCCACCGUGCUGCCCAUCCUGACGCUUUUCCCGUCCCCCACCGACCCGCACGGCCCCCGCACGGACCGGGUCUCCCCCCGGCAGAGACGCAGCUACACGCGGGACAGCGACACGCCCCUGUCCCUCAUGUCGGUGGACCACGAGGAGCUGGAACGGUCCCCCAGCGGCUUCAGCAUCUCCCAAGACAGAGACGACGUGUUCGGCCCGGGCGGGGGCUCGAGCUGGAUGCGGGAGAAGCGGUACCUGGCCGAGGGCGAGACGGACACGGACACGGACCCCUUCACGCCCAGCAGCUCCAUGCCUCUGUCCUCCACGGGGGACGGGAUCUCGGAUUCCAUAUGGACCCCAUCCAACAAGCCCGCGUAA